AUGGAAUUCAACCCCAAAAAAGACACUCCAUCUUCUUCAUUUCCCAUAUCCCUUUCUUCUUCUCCAUCCCCAACCAUGGCUUUCAACUCCAAAUUCCAAAAGAAAUCCACUGUUUCCCUCUCCCACUGCAAUCUCUGUACCACCCUUUUCUUCAUCGUUCUCUUUACAGUCCCCACUCUGUUCCUCCUCCACACUUCCACCAUCUCUGUCUGCUCCCUUUCUACCUCCACCGCCCGCCUGAACUCAUGGUUUGGAGACCUUCGCGAUGCUCAAUUUUCUUGGAAUCGCCUAGCUUUCUCUGAAGAUCUUCCCCCACCUGUUGCUCUCAAAAUUGCUGUCUUCUCAAGAAAAUGGCCGAUCGGAACAACCCCAGGUGGAAUGGAGCGCCAUGCUUAUACACUUCACACGGCUCUGGCUCGCCGUGGCCAUCGCGUUCAUGUUUUCACCUCACCACUGCCCGAUUAUGGCGUUGUUCAAAACCUCUCGUCUGCAACUUCAGCGCCGUACAUCCAUUGGCACGACGGUGAACCAGGCCGGUGGCGCUACAACAAAGCUUGGGAGCAAUAUGAAGAAGAAAACCACCGAGAACCAUUCGACGUUGUUCACACAGAAAGCGUUGCACUUCCUCACGGUGUAGCUAAAAAGCUCUCGAAUCUCGCAGUUUCUUGGCACGGGAUUGCCCUAGAGAGCUUGCAAUCGGACUUAUUCCAGGACCUAGCCCGCCGGCCGAACGAGCCGAUGUCGCCGGCCUUCAACAUGAAUAUUCAAGGCGAUGUCCCGAAGGUACUGAACGAGAUCCGAUUCUUCAAAAAUUACGCUCACCACGUCGCGAUUAGCGACAGUUGCGGAGAGAUGCUCCGAGAUGUGUACCAAAUUCCAAGCAGAAGAGUCCAUGUGAUCGUCAAUGGCGUCGACGAGGACGAUUUCGGCGAGGAUUUCAAAUUAGGUCAAGAAUUUAGGGCUCGAAUCGGAAUACCUGGAAACGCAAGUCUAGUCCUCGGAGUCGCCGGAAGAUUAGUGAAAGACAAAGGCCAUCCGCUACUUCACGAGGCUUUCUCCAUCAUCACAGAGCAGCAUCCGGACAUCUACCUGAUCGUCGCCGGAGCAGGACCAUGGGAACAGCGGUACAGGGAUCUAGGUCCUCGAGUUCUGGUUUUAGGAUCGAUGAGUCCGUCAGAACUUAGGGCUUUCUACAAUUCGAUCGACAUCUUCGUGAAUCCAACGCUACGGCCACAGGGAUUGGACCUGACUCUGAUGGAGGCUAUGGCAAGCGGGAAACCUGUAAUGGCGUCAAGGUUUCCGAGCAUAAAGGGCACCAUUGUUGUUGAUGAUGAGUACGGAUUCCUCUUCGCUCCAAACGUGGAAUCAUUGGUGGAGACGCUGGAAGUGGUAGCUAAAGAGGGUUCCGAUCGGUUGAGGCGCCGGGGAAAGGCCUGCCGGCGAUAUGCGGCGUCCAUGUUCACCGCUCGGAAGAUGGCUCUGGCUUAUGAGAGGCUAUUUCUCUGCAUCAGAUAUGAAGCGUUUUGUAAUUAUCCUUAAAAAGGGAAGGUUAAUUUUGUUCAAAUUUGAAUGUUGGGAUCAACCAUUUCUUUUCAUAAUUUGAAAUUUUUACUCAUUAAAAGUUAAUAAAAAGUUAGUGCAUAG